ACCGUGAUGAUGGUUUUAUUCCAUUAUUGAUGAGCAUCGAUUGUAUACUAUAAAUGAUGGUUGAUCGGACCACUGCUACCAUACCCGAGGCAACUGUCGUUGAAGGAAGUCCUCCGUUAAAAGCAGAUCUGGUACAAUGGUUGCCGUCAUCCUCUGUGUGCUGUCUCUGGUAAUGACUUUAACUCCAACUCUUGGCGGAUCGUCGACCAUCAAGGGCACAAUAACAGGUGGACAAGUAACAUGUAGCUAUGCGGAGAUCAAGAAAAAUUCUGGUGCUGGGCCCCGGGGGCUGCGUCUCUUCAGCUGCAAGAACAAGGAUGGUAACAUGAACCUUGACUGCUACUACUACGGUGGUAAUCCACACGACUGUGCUUACUACAAUAAAAACCAACAGAAAUACUACAACCUUCUGGCAAAGAGUGCCAUGAAUAAUGGCCAGCCAUGUCGCAACGGAAGCAUUUCUGAAAGGAAAUGUGACGAGACAUAUCCAUGCGAGAAAGGGAACUGCAUGUGAGCUCUAAUAUGAGUUCAUGAUUCUAAACUUCUUCUUACAUCAGCAAUAAAUGCUUUCAAUCCGUUA